GUUUGUUUGCGCUCCAGUGCGCUUUCGGUUUAAUAUCUAUUUCGAUUCUAUUUAUAGAAUAUCUUCCUAUACACAAAAUGGCAGCAGUGACAGGGUCGCGUGUUUCCCGUCGUAUUUUAACAAAGUUAGCAGCCGAUAAAACAUGGAUACUACCAGUUACCGGCUUAAAAGUUCAAAAUGGUGCCACGUUAUCAAGGUUUAUGUCGAACAAGAGCGGAGAAAGGAAAACCACACAGUUAAAGAAAAUGCUGACAUCACCGGACCUUGAGUUUAUUAUGGAAGCGCACAAUGGACUUAGUGCAAAAAUUGUCGAGGAGGCAGGGUUUAAGGGAGUAUGGGGCAGCGGUCUGUCAGUGUCUGCACAGCUUGGGGUUCGAGACAGUAACGAAGCAUCGUGGACACAGGUUGUAGAAGUAUUAGAGUUUAUGAGUGACGCCACCACUGUUCCUAUCCUGCUAGAUGCCGACACCGGAUACGGUAAUUUCAACAAUGCACGGCGUCUCGUGCGUAAGUUGGAGUCACGUGGUGUUGCAGGUGCGUGCCUGGAAGACAAAUUGUUUCCGAAGACAAACUCUUUACAUGACGGGAGGGCACAGCCGUUAGCUGAUAUAGAAGAAUUUUCGUUAAAAAUUAAGGCUUGUAAAGACAGCCAGAGCGACCCAGAUUUUUGUAUUGUUGCACGUGUCGAGGCAUUUAUCGCUGGUUGGGGCCUUGACGAGGCUUUAAAAAGAGCGGAGGCAUACAGGAACGCUGGUGCUGAUGCCAUUUUGAUGCAUAGUAAGAAAAGUGAUCCGUCCGAUAUUGAGGCCUUUAUGAAGGCUUGGAACAAUCAGGGACCAGUUGUGAUAGUACCUACUAAGUAUUAUACCACGCCCACUCAGCACUUCCAAGACAUGGGCGUGUCCAUGAUUAUAUGGGCCAAUCAUAAUCUCAGGUCGUCCAUUAAAGCUAUGCAAGAGACAUCGGCUCGUAUUUUCAAAGACUCUUCACUGACUGGAGUAGAACCUAAUAUUGUUUCAGUGAAAGAGGUAUUCCGGCUACAGAAUGACCAAGAAUUAGUCAAAGCUGAAGAUAUAUACCUUCCAAAGGAGUAAAUAAAAUAUAGCAAACUAGUUAUUUAAAAAAUGAUGGGAAAAUAGUGGGAUAAUAAGGUAUAAACGCUCUAAUAAUAAAGAGUACAUUGCAUAAUAAUUAUAUUUAUACAUGUUGUUUAGGAGCAAAUACUUAAUCAUGAUGAUAAAAAAAGAAUAAUAAUGAUAGAAAUGAUGAUUAGGAUAAAAAUGAUGAUAAUAAUAAAAUCAUAACGAAAACAUUCAUACUGAAAAAA